GACAACACGAAGUAAGACAUUGAGAGAGAGAUGGCAAGGCGCCUUUCCAAGUUACAGUACCGUCCUCUUACUUCCUCGAGCAAGCUUUCGUUUAUCCCCUUCUCUACCACUGUCUCUGCCGAAAACCCGCAAAACUCCACCACCGCCGAUGGCCAAGACCACCUCUUUAACGACCAAAUCCACAACCUCCGUGUCCUCCUUCAACAAGGCCGCAACGACACUGCUUAUAACUUCACCAAAUCUCUCAUUCUCUCUAACCCAUCUUCAUUUUCCUCACCUUCUCACCUUCUCUCGUUUUUCACUUCUUCUUCUGAUGAUGCUUCUUUAAAUCUUACUCUCUCCGAAAUGUUGCUCUCUGUUUGUUCCGAGUCCAAGAUGCACAGUCAAGUUUCAGAAUUGUACGAUUUCAUGAGGCAAGAGGGGCGGCUUCCUUCGUUUGGUUAUGUGAGGAUGAUUGUUGAAUCUUUGGUGGAAUCCAAGAAAUUUGAUAACGUUCUUGAUUUGUUUAAGGAGAUGGUGGGCUUGGGUUUUAGACCUGAUAAGCUUGUUUAUGGGAGAGCAAUGCUAGCCGCGGUGAAAUUGGGGGAUUUGAAACUUGCUAUGGAGUUGUUUGAGACUAUGAAAAGGAGGAAAGUUGUUCCUAAUGUGUUUGUUUACAAUGUUUUGAUUGGUGGGUUGUGUAAGGAGAAGAGGAUAAGGGAUGCGGAGAAGCUGUUUGGUGAAAUGUCUGUGAGGAAUUUGGUGCCAAAUAGGGUGACUUUUAAUACGCUUAUUGAUGGAUAUUGUAAGGCAGGGGAGGUGGAUGUGGCGAUUGGCUUGAGAGAAAGGAUGAAAAAGGAGAAGGUGGAGCCGAGUAUUAUUACUUUUAACUCGUUGCUCAGUGGCCUUUGUAAGGCACGGAGAAUCGAGGAGGCGAGGUGUAUGUUGAACGAGAUAAAAUGCAAUGGUUUUGUGCCUGAUGGGUUUACUUACAGCAUAAUUUUUGAUGGACUAUUGAAGUCGGAUGACGGGGCAGGAGCUGCUUUGGAUUUGUAUCGGGAGGCAAUUGGGAAGGGAGUCAAGAUUGAUAAUUACACUUGUAGUAUUCUGUUGAAUGGAUUGUGUAAAGAAGGGAAAGUUGAAAAGGCAGAGGAGGUGUUGAAGUCCCUCGUGGAACACGGGCUCGUUCCAGGUGAGGUGAUAUAUAACACUAUUGUGAAUGGUUAUUGCCAAAUAGGCGACAUGGAUAGAGCCAUUUUGACUAUUGAGCAAAUGGAAAGUCGUGGGUUGAGACCAAAUUGUAUUGCAUUUAAUUCUGUGAUUGAUAAGUUUUGUGAAAUGCAGAUGAUAGAUAAGGCGGAGGAAUGGGUGAAGAAGAUGGUGGGGAAGGGAAUAGCCCCAAGCGUGGAGACAUAUAAUAUCCUUAUUGAUGGCUAUGGAAGGCUGUGUGUUUUUUCUAGGUGUUUCCAGAUUCUUGAAGAAAUGGAGGAAAAUGGGGAAAAGCCGAAUGUUAUAAGCUACGGCUCUCUCAUAAAUUGUUUAUGCAAGGAUGGGAAAAUUCUUGAGGCAGAAAUGGUCCUCAGGGAUAUGGUAGGCAGAGGGGUCUUGCCUAAUGCAAAUAUAUAUAAUAUGCUUAUUGAUGGUAGUUGUACAGUGGGGAAGUUGAGAGAGGCUUUGAGAUUCUUUGAUGAGAUGUCGAAAAAUGGGAUAGGCGCAACGAUUGUAACAUACAAUUCCCUCAUUAAAGGGCUAUGCAAAAUGGGAAAGUUAAAGGAAGCUGAAGAGAUGUUUUUCCUAAUUACUAGUACGGGUCACUGUCCUGAUGUGAUCACAUACAACUCCUUAAUCUCAGGGUACUCAAAUGCUGGAAACUCGCAGAAAUGUCUUGAGCUAUAUGAAACUAUGAAGAAGUUAGGCUUAAAACCUACUAUAAAUACAUUUCAUCCCCUAAUCAGCGGGUGCAGCAAGGAAGGGAUAAAGCUCAAAGAGACACUGUUUAAUGAAAUGUUGCAGAUGAAUUUGUCCCCAGAUCGAGUUGUGUACAAUGCUAUGAUUCACUGUUAUCAAGAGACUGGGCAUGUUCAAAAGGCAUUUUCUUUGCAAAAAGAGAUGGUAGACAUGGGAGUUCGUCCUGAUAACAAGACCUAUAAUAGUUUGAUUCUGGGCCACUUAAAAGAGGGGAAGUUGUCGGAAACAAAGGAUCUUGUUGAUGACAUGAAGGCUAAAGGAUUAAUCCCUGAAGCUGAUACCUAUAGCUUGCUGAUACAGGGACAUUGUGACCUGAAGGAUUUUAAUGGAGCAUAUGUUUGGUAUAGAGAAAUGCUUGAGAACGGUUUCCUUCCUAAUGUCUGCAUCUGCAAUGAGCUAUCCACUGGCCUUAGAAAGGACGGGAGGUUGCAAGAGGCCCAGAGCAUCUGCUCUGAAAUGAUUGCUAAUGGAAUGGAUAAUUUGGACACUAAUGAGGACCUCUCUGAUGUUGCCAAAAUGCAACACAACAGCACCGAUGCUCAUUAACUAUCAGAUGCUAGCAGUUGAAAUGUGCAGGCAGAGUUCCCUUGUAGUCGCGUUAUCCAUUUCCCAGGUACUUAUCUCAAGUUUGCCCCGACAAGUUUAAACCCGAGAAUUUUCAUCUGCGAAACUGUCAAAACAUCCAAAUCAUGAUGUUUGAUAUUCACAUGUGAUUCUUUUUUUCUUGUUGCACUAGGCAAGUGUAACGGUGCCACAAAGGUUUCCAAGUAGUUCAUUGGAAUAUGUCAUGACAAGCACGAAUGCAACCCUGACCCUACAUUCCUAAAGCCUCUCUUUCUUGCUCCAUCUUUCUCUUCUCUUCUUCACUGCUGUUUUUCGCUGUUGAGUAACUUCCCUCCUUUCCUUUUCAUUCACUGGCUGACUUUUCUCUCUUUUUUUCAUAUAUUGUGGUCUUUGGGCUGGAUUGCCACAAUACUUUGCGGUUAUUAUUGCUUUUUAUAGGUUAUCUGAAUUGUUUUCGUUACUUUUCCAUUUUUUUGGGGUGUGGUCUUCAGUUUUUGCACCAGUUGUGUCAUGAUAUCAUUAGAUAUGGUGUUUGCUAUGCGGAAACAGCCAUUUUUCGCCUACAAAUAUCAGCUUUUCUUCUUGGUAUACCCGUUCCAAUGUGGUCGAGUUCUUAUGACACUGCAUUUUUAUCAUUCUUUCUUUGUCUCCUAUGAUUGAACGGUGAUUGUUUUUUCUGGGUCUAGACCAUGUUUCUCAUAUGUCUGCAAUGUGAUCAGUGCAUCUCCAUUCUUUUCUUUUCUGUCCUUUUUCCUCUGCUUUCCAUUCUCUUUGUUUCCUAGCAUGUUCAUUUUGCUCUUUUCAGGGGCUGUUAAUUUUUUUAUACAUUCUCUCUUCAUCGUAUUGCAGGCUUGCUGUGCAGUGUUGGGUACUUUCCCAGUGCUGCUUCACUGAUUUAACAUGUUUGUGUUUCAAUCAAUUGGUUCUUUGACAUAUAGUUUAUGGUUGUGACACAGGAGUGUCCCGUAAUGGUUCUUUUGAUGUCGGGCUACUUGAGUUUGGGUUGGCAAUGCAAAUGGAUGAAGUUUUUGCUGUUGUUUACGGUCAGCCCCUGGGCCAACUUUGAGCCUGCAUUUUCAUCUCUUUAUUGUAUGUUAAAAUAAUCUUAUCCUAGGUGGCUUUCAAGUUCAGAAUGUAAUCUUUACAUAUUGUCCAACCAUGCAUGCAUUGGAGUUUUCUACAUAAAGUUAUUUUUGUUUUAGUUUUUAAGCUUUCCAAGUGUGAGUUUGUGUUUCUAAUGAGCCAAAAACAUGUGAUGAUUAUUAUUUGUCUAGUUUUUUUGUCAAAGUAAUUUAUUUGGGUUUUUAUUAUGUCAUCUUGGUGUUUUUCUAGAUUUGAAGGGUUAUUCCAAGUAUAUAAAGUUGAAUCAGAUAAUGUAUUUGGAUCUUUUAGCAAAAUCUGAAUUAAGAGUCUUUUGACUUGGCCUUUCGCACAAUAUCAAGUUUUGUAUCUUCUUUGUGAGUUGUGGAUUUAUUCCUUAACUCUAUAUCUCUAAAGUGGUGGUUUGAUCUAGUUCUUUAGGGUGGUGAGUUUGUUAUUCGUUUCUAUAUCUUUUUUGUUUUGUACCUUAGGGUGGUGAACGGAAAUUAUCAUUUGUAUGAGUGACCUACAACUUUGUGAUUUUCAUACCUUCACGGUAUCUGGUUGUGUCAUCUAAUCAUUUUCAGACGUCUCUCUUGUGGUUGGGUGCCAACUCGAGUUUCAUGGUGUGUUUGGUCAUCACAGAUGAUUGUUUUCGAGUUUCAUGGUGUGUUUGGUCAUCACAGAUGAUUGUUUUGAGUUUCUGUUUUCAAUCUUUUGUGUGUUGUAUAGGCUGGCUUGCCUAUUUUUUAGUUCUUGCUUCACUAUUUUUCGUGUCCAGCUGCUCUGUUGUGGAAUGCAAGGCUUUUUAGGGCAUUUAUUUUCUCAUGAUGAGUUUGGAUUAAUCGGCACCGAUAUGCAUUAACCAUCCAUGGAUCUCUGCUUAUGAUUUGUACCUGGUAGGCUCAGCAGAGAACAGUUGAUAAUUUUAUCAAGAAGGAUAGAAAAUGAAAAUCCUCAUUGACAAGAACGGUGAUGCACUGAAUAGCUAUACUAGAAACAAGCUACAUCAAGGCCCAGGUGUUCUUGUGGAUGCUGAGGCUGAUGCACAUAACCAUGGAUGUGAAGGGCAAUGAGUGAGUUUUUCGGAAGCUUUGGAAGAGGGUACAGUCUGAGAUCUCAGUCUUCUAGCAUUGUCGCUGCCUAACAACUUCGUCCUGUGUGAUGGAAGAAGAGAGCAAUCUCCAUGGAAAGGAGCUCGGGAAGAUGGGCCCACAACCCCUUACUAUAUAGGCACUUCAAUCGUUUUAAGCAAGUCUUUUGUGUUUCUUUGGCAUUAGCAAUUUUGAAUCACAAAGCAUUAACGAAGGACGCAAGUUAAGCCAUUAA